AUGGCCGAACCCCAUAAGAGAAUCGAGAAUUCUCUGGCAGAGUUGGAGAAGGGCAAGGACAAGCGCAAAUCACCAAUACUGCGUUCACGAUCUUGCAGUCCCCGAGGGAAGAACUCCAGGGGCCGAAGCCCAAGAAGACGCAGCCCGUGGAGACAGCAAAGUCCGAAGUUGGCCAAGUCUCCUCCCAAGAAGGAAUCCUCGUUGAAGAGGAAGGGCAGACCUCGUUUCGUCAAUUAUACUGAACUCGCAGUGCCCCAAGACCAUAUCUAUGCAAUCGAAGAGAGAAAUGGAGUCUUCAAGAAGCCGCCCCCCAUCAGGGAAAAUCGCGACAGAAGAGACCCCAAAAAAUUCUGUAAGUACUACAAAGACAUUGGUCAUACUACCUUAGAAUGUUGCGUCUUGCAGGACGAAAUCGAGGAGCUGAUUCGGAGAGGAAAGUUCGACAAGUAUAAGAAGGGCGAGGAAAGUCAUCCCCGAGUGGAUGACAAAGAAGAAAACCAAAAUGCGAGCGGUUUGAGAACACCUCGCAACAUCUUAACUAUCAUUGGAGGACCCCAUAUCGCAGGAGACUCCCGCAAGUCACAAGAGCGAUAUGCCAGAGAAACCAAGGAAAAGCCGCUCACCAAUGUGAACAAUCUUAGUGAGCGGCCCGAGAAGCUGUUUAAGAAGGAAUGCGACGACAUCGCCUUUAUGGGGAGUGAUGCGAGAUGGGUCCAUCACGCGCAUUCUGAUGCACUAGUUAUCGUCGCCAAUAUUGGCGGGGAUAAUGUCCACCGCAUACCCGUCGAUAAUGGAAGUUCAGUAAAUCUGUUGAACUUCCAAGCCUUCAAACAAAUGGGAUUGCAGGAGAAGGACCUGCGGCCUGUGACGUCGAGCAUCUAUGGCUUUACUGGCGACGUCAUAGCAAUAAAAGGAAUGAUCAAACUCCCAAUCACCUUGGGAACUGCCCCGGUAACAACCAAGUCAAUGGCUGACUUCGCAGUAAUCGACCAGUAUUCUGCAUAUAAUGCCGUUCUGUACGAGGAGUCCAAGCAGAUUCGCGAGAAUGCUACAACACAGCAGUCAAGCUCGCGGAGAAAAGGACAGUAA